AGGUAUGAUGGAUGAAGUAUACCUCAAUGAAGUCCCCGAGCGACCUCCCGUCAAUGUGCUCAUGCCUGUGAUAAAGAAGAAGGUGGCGUCACGUUCGGCAUCCCGCACUUCGAGCAAGCGGACGGAUAAAAAGAAAUCAGAUAUCGGCAGAUUAAUACAAAAUGAAAGCCUUGUGCCUGGUCCUACUCUGUUGUCUACGCUAAGUGUGAUGAGCGCGGCUUUAUCGGUGGGUGCGCUUGUUAUGGGUUUACGACUGCGUUACCAUGGAGCUUGAACACGUAUUCUGCAUAUAAUAAGUAGAUAAACGACGCACACGAACACAGACGUUUACAAGCAACCCCGAACGCAAACCUACAUACAUGUGUGCACAUUCUGUCAUGUGUUUCCUAAAACACUGCGAAAAAUGAACUGGAUGAUGUAGGAAGGUAUAGAUGAGUGGUAGCUCUGAAUGGGUAUAUUUGCGAUGAUAGGAGCACAAGUUUGCGACGAACAGGUGACGUUUGUGAGAGGUUUUUCGAGACUUCCAAAGGUUUACAUUGUUCGAGAGAGAAAAUAGCAUUGCAUUGUUAGCCAUGAGUCCAUACAUAACUACUCUGUCUGUGGAGUAAAUGUGAAUAUUGGAUACAAUAAUAAAUUCAAGAAUUUC